AUCAUCAUUUGUUCACGUUGACAAAAUACAUACACACGUAAAGACAUUUAAUUUCUGUUUUGCAUAUCGAUUAUUUCGAAUGGAUUGAUUAUAUUAAAAAUCGACAAAAGCCGAUCAUAUACAAUCAAUACAAGUUUCAUUCAUUCGAAUUGUGGAUUCGAUUUUUUUUUUUUUGGGUAAAAUAACAUUUCAUUUCAUUUUCGAGUUUUUUGAUCAACGAACGAACCAAUCCAAUAUUAGCAAUUUCAAAUCAUCGAUCAGAGAAAUAUUGUUCGUGAACGUAGAACGAAGAAAAAAAUUUUCCACAAACAUUUCUCUCUCGCUUUUGCUCUUAUCAAGUGAACAUUGAUAUCUCUUUUUCUGGUUACCUCAUAAUCGAUUUCUUUCAAUCAUAUAAUAGUGAGCAAAAUGAAAACUUUAUUCAUCCUUUAUAUUGUUUUCACGGUCAUAGUAUCUUUGUGUCAAUGUCAAUUAUCGGAUAUUGAUUUGACACAUAAUAAUGGCCAUCCGGAUAAUAAAACAACUACAACAACAACAACAACGACUACUACGAAAAAACCGACUACUACUACCACGACCACAACAACGGAGCCACCUAAAACAACAACGCAGAAACCGGAACCACCCGUUAUUGCUCCGCCAUUGAUUGAAGGAAAUAUUACUAAUGGCAAAAAUGAUAUCUGUUUACGUUAUCAUUUCUCCUUAUUAAUGCGUCUUGGUUAUAUGGAUAAAAAUAAUAAGACACAAGUAGAAGAUAUUUGGUUACCGAAAAGUGCUCUUGUCGAUUCAGAUCAUUGUGGCCGUGAUAAAUCGGAAUCAUUUUGGUUUGUAUUCGAUAAUAAUUCUACAUUGAAUUUGACAUUUGAACAAAAUGAAGCUUCCGUUUAUCUUGCUUCCAUCUAUGCAAGUGUACAAUUACCAAAAAGUAAUGAAACGGUUAGUGUCAACAUUACACAACCGAAUCCAAACUUUAACGUGGAUAAAUCCCAUUCAUAUGUUUGUGCCAAUAAUGUUACAAUCAAAUGGGAUAAUAAUGAUCAUCAUACUACAUCGGAAUUUCUUUUUUCAAAUCUUACCAUGCAAGCAUUCAUGAAACCAUCACAAAAAGGUUCAUUCAGUGAAGAACACAAUUGCCAGAAUGAAAUCAAUGAUGUUGUACCGAUUGCUGUUGGUGCUGCACUUACUGUAUUGGUUAUUAUUGUGAUGAUUGCCUAUUUUAUUGGACGUCGUGUUAGCCGACGUUUAUCUUACCAAUCGGUUUAAUGUGUGUAGCAGUGAUCCAUAAUAAUGAAUGGAUAAAUGGGAAAAACGUUUUUGUUCUCUAAGGAUGAUUUCUUCAUCCUUUACCAUUUUGUCCAAACAUCAACCAACAUUAUUCUCUUUCAUCAUCUUAUCGAUCUUUAGUUAUUUUUAUCUUUUUCCAUAUUAUUAUCGAUUACCUUAAAACAUACACCCAUAUACCUGCUUUAAUUUUAUCACAUAAUCAUUGUCGUAUAAAUCAACGUAAAAAUUCAGACACACUACAUGCUUGGCCUCGAUUUUUUCUAUAUUCAUACAUGCUACACAUCUAUUACAUGAUUCGAAAUUCUUUUUUAAUCAUAAUAAUCUAUUUCAAUUAGUCUAAUAAUU